GUGUGUGCCUGUGUCGCAGGUAAAUAGGCUCACCGAGAAACCGUUCCGCUGCCGCCUGGUUCCGGGGUUUCAAAGAUGGCGUCCGCCGUGCUGAAGGUUGCAGUGACAGGUCUCUCCAGAUGUUCCUGUCUGCCACUCCUGAGAGCUUAUUCAAUGACAUCAACCCUCCACCAGGGCGUUCCCUCAUCUCUGUGGAAGCUGGGGAGGCUGAACCACAUCGCGAUCGCUGUCCCGGACAUGGAGAAGGCCACGGCUCUGUAUCGGGACGUGCUCGGGGCCACGGUGAGUGACAAGGUGCCCCUGCCCGAGCACGGCGUCUCCACAGUGUUUGUGGAGCUCGGCAACACGAAGCUGGAGCUGCUCCAUCCUCUGGGGGAGAAGAGUCCGAUCGCUGGCUUCUUACAAAAGAACAAGUCUGGAGGGAUGCACCACAUUUGUAUCGAGGUGGACAACAUCAAUGCUGCGAUAGCCGACCUGAAAGCUAAGAACAUCCGAACUCUGUCAGCAGAGCCCAGGAUAGGUGCUCAUGGGAAACCAGUGAUGUUUCUUCAUCCUAAAGACUGUGAUGGCGUUCUGGUGGAGCUGGAAGAAGCAUGAAAACCUCAAUAUUUUCUGGGACUGUGGUCACUAUUAAUUCACCUUCACAUAUUCCAGAGGGAAUCUGAUUAUUAACAAAUGUUGAUUUUGUAGUAUUGUUCAUCGUAGCACUUAAGUUUUGAACAUCUAAUUUCAGAAAGGUGCCUCCCUGUUGUUCUAGUUGGGAAUAAAUUAUAGAGUGGUGUGUUAUGACCGCUUCCAUAAAGUGUAUUUCUGAUGUAUGUUGAAUAUACAUUAUGUCCAAUUGGAUUUAAAAAGGAGUUUAACUUCACUCCAAUGUGCUAAUACACACCGGUAGUUGGAUGACUACAUACAGGAUCCAAUACGAACUGCAGGAAGAUUUAAACAAAGUGUAAUAUCUGCAUUUCCAGCUGAUGAAUUCACAUUAAGUGCCAUAACAUUGCGGUUCCUAAAAUGUAAAUGGCUGAAUUAAGAUAAAAAAAUCACACUUUCUUCAUAUAAUUUAACUCGAAAAUGUUUGGAGAUAGGUUGACAGUAACAACAAUGUAUUAAAGUUUUCAUGUAGGUGAAACCUACUUUCAGAAUGUUCAGGAGUGCAGUAAAAACAUCAUGAAUCAUCUUUACAGAUGAUGUAAACUCAAGGUCCAAAUGCAUUUUCUUGCAUAUAAAACACAUUUAUACGUA